UUCGAUUAUCUGAAGAUCACUGAUAGCAACAACCUUGAAUUGGGUAAAUACUGUGAUCGCGGAUUCGGCUGGAAUCAGUCGACCCUUGUAACUGGAGACUACGCAAAUAUCACAUUCAAGUCAGAUUUACGCGUUGAAGGAAAAGGAUUUCAGUUGUAUUUUAAUGUACUGCCUCAAAGCGGUAAGUGAAAGUGUAAAACGUCUUUUUCUUCCUACGUGAAAUGUGCUAGAAAGGAAAAGCGGAUGCCUAUAUAGUCGAUUCUUAUUAGGGUACUUUGUCAAAUUUUCUGAAAUUUCGCCCGUCGAAAUGCACGGAAAGCUACUCAGUUUAGCUGUGUGGAUGUUUCUCAGAAAAUUGGUCCCCACGAGCGCUUUGUUUGUACAGUGUUUGUAAGGACGGUCGGGUCCGACCAAAGCUCUCCAAUAUUCAAACAUUCAACUAAACAUUUCUACUUCACUGAUUGGUUGUCAAUUUAGAUAUCGGUCUAUUUUUUUUCUCGAUAGGACAAUCUUGUUCUAUUUUCGUUUUCGGCUGUUGUCAGUUCCAGUAGUCUCUGACCAUUCGGUCUAUUAUAAUGGAGAGCACACUGAAGGCUUUUAUCACGGGCAGCUAACGACUGUUUUUUGUAAAAUCUGUUCGGAGAAGCAAAUAUUGUCUAGAAUUUUCUAUUACUUGAGGACCGUUUAAAAUUUUUUGAUGACGGUUUUAUUCAAGUGCAAUUUUCGAAGCUCAGCUAAUAAAUUCCUGCCAUUUUCUGAAAUUUAAUUUUUCUCAUUUCACUCCCCAAGUUAAGCUAUUUUUCGAAGAAAAAAGGAACCUAAAAUUUUCGGAUUCAGAAGUGUGAUGGAGAGGUGAAUCAGAAAAAUCCUCACUUUUGUAAUAAGUUAAAUUGCAUCUAAAAUUUUCGGGAAAAUAAUACUGAAGCCUUUGUAAUUUCGAAAAGAAUCAAGUUCCCCUAGGAUGACCGAAAAGAUAUCACUUUAUAGCGCCACUUGGAAUGCAAUUGUAGAGAUCUAUUCUAAAAGUAUUCGAUCAGGAUGGGAGGAAACAACCGUCUUAGGGUGCCCCUGUUAUAUUAAACGCCAGUAAAUUAUCACAGCAGCAUGAAGCAUUCUUCGUUUUCUUUGGCAGCCCUAUGCAGUUCAGUGGUGAACAAUAUACUGAGAUCCCCUGUAUACGCACAAAGUUAUCCACCAAAUCUGCACUGCGUCUAUAAUAUAUCAGUUCCACAAGGCAAGAUUCAAAAACUUGUAUUUCAAAUAUUUGAACUGGCAUCCGAUCCAGAAUGUAGGUAAGUUUCUUCCAAGGAUAACUUUAAUGACCGUUAAUUCAGGAUCCUUAUUUUGAUUCCUUGUACAUCCACUAAAUUGCCGCUUGAAAUAAUAAAAAUUGCACCUGUUUUGAUUGUGCUCUGAUAAAAUUCUCAUUGGACGAAUGAUUUUCAAUUUUUAUGUGUUGUUAUCAGGUCAUGCAUGAGUAGCCAUAUUCCCAGCGGCUUCGAAAACCGUUUUUUCCCAUCCACACUUUUUUUUUUAAACCCUUUCAGUGUGGCUUAGUGACGUCUUAGGGGUCUGAAGGUGAUAAUUCUUAUCAAAUGUUCUCAAUUUACAAGAAAACAUGGCGAUUGUCGAAAGGGUAGGGGAGGUACGGAAGAAAACAGUCGGGAAGUAUGAUUGGGGAUUUGAGAUUUUUUCUCUCUCUCCCCACUUUGCGCCUUCAACCAGCAGACAGUAGCUGAUUACUAACACAGGCUAUUAGAGACCUUUAGAUUCGAGGACGAGAACGACUACGAGUACGAGAUUUAACUUAAAGUUUUUCCGCGAAUUCUCAAAAAAUAGACAUCCCGGAAAGCUUCAUUGUAAUUUUUUUCCUUAAAAAGGUAGCACUGUUAUCUAUAUUGAAGGAGGUUAAGCCCUCCCUCGGACGCAAAAUAAUAAAACUUCUAACACUUGAUAUCUCGUUUCCGCCAUGACGACAUUCUCGCUAAAAAUCGUAGUAGAAUGACGACGGCUACCAAGUUUUCCCGCGCUGGUUCACGCGCGCGCACUACUUAAAAUACGGAAAAACCGGGCAACAAAAAACAUGCAACUUGUCAUGCAACGAUGCUGUAAAACCAGUUGAAUAGCGAUGUUGCGCCUUUUACCACCCACAUCAAACCUGUCUGGCAACAAAUCAGGUUGUUAACAGGUUUGAACUUGGGUGGAAAAACGUGCAACAUCGCUUUUCAUCUUGUUAAGCAGCAAUGUUGCAAAACAAGUUGCACGUUUUUGUUGCCCGUUUUACCGAAACUUUAGUACCGAGGAAAUCUCGUCCUCGUUGUCGUACUCGUCUUAGAAUCUAAAGUUCUCUAUUAAUUCAAACCUUGCAGCGAUUCUAACGUACUUGUAAGUCCACUGAUGAAGGGCCAGACCCGAAACGUUUGGAGAGGAACUCAAACCAAAACACGAUUCUUUAGUUCAUGGUUGUUUGUUGAACAUUCCCUCACUUUCGAUUAAUUCGAAAGUUAAUCAGUUAUUAAACUUGACAUAAAACAAAGAUGACAGUUUUCUAAAAACUGUAAUCGGAAUCAUAAUCAGUACGUUUUCUUGCAGGAACGACUACUUGAGCAUUUCAAAUGGAACUAACACCAUCGGCCAAUACUGCGGUAACUUAACUGGAAACGAAAUUCGCGUUUCCCAUGACUAUCUGUUGUUAACAUUUCAUUCGGGGACGCAAUUCAACCCGAAAAACAAAGGAUUUGAAAUAUUUUUCACAGCGGAUGCUCACAUGCCUGGUAAGUUAUUUAUAGGCUAGUUAUUUAUCAUUCAAAGUUAUUUCCCAAGGGUUUAAAGAAAUAAUAUUAUUACUUACAGACAAUUGCUAUUAUUAUUCAUUCGAAAUAUUUCCCCGAUUCUGAUUGGGUAAAAGCACACACACAAUUCACCAUAACCAGCUACUGAUGACCAAAUUUGGAAAAAUUUUGCGAGUAAUCAACCGAUGACGUCAAAAGUGCAGCGUCCUUGCAGGUUAAUGCACCGUUAACCGAGAAGACCUGGGGACAAGGUUGAGUUGUUUUGGUUGUGAAAACAAAAGUGACGGACAUUUCACUCGUUUCAAGAGUAAGAACCAGGCGAAGUAAUAGCUAAAAACGUAUCAAGAAUAGCAGGAAGACAACUUGAAGGUCGACAUCUGCUAUUUGGAGAAUAGUUGCGGAGCUGAACAACCCUAAACGUGCACUAUCGAAGAUGAACUUAACAUCGAUAGAGGUAAGCAUGUUUUAGCUAUGUUUUUAAAUUAGGAAUUCUUUUGAGUUAAUAAUAAAAAGAUUAUUGAAUUCGGCUUUCGUAUCAUAUAAAGAAUUAUGGAGAUCUCGUGCUCUUGUGGAAAAAUUCCUAAAGGCUACUAGAAAAAGGAACCUUUUUGGUGAAAUUAGUUUUAAUUUAAUUAUGUUUUAGCCCCUUGUCCAUCAGGCUGGGUGUCAAGUGUUUAUGGUUCCUGUUAUAAGAUAUCUUCCGAAAAACUGGUCUGGAUCUCAGCAAAAACUGCUUGUGAAGCAUUGGGAUCAAACCUUGUUAUACUGAACUCAGUGACUGAAAUACAAAACGUCAUUGGAAAUGCAGCGGGUUUUCUAUGGAUUGGUCUGCAGAGGGAUUUCAAGAAUAAGUCGCGGUGGCUGUGGGUAGAUGGGUCCGAAGCUUUCUUUACCUACUGGUGGACCGGAGAGCCAAACCAAGCCAAUAGUGAAGAGAAUUGUGCAGUAAUGACCCCAUACGUAAGAAAAUGGAAUGACAUAGCUUGUACUGGAGAGACUUACAAUUACAUUUGUGAAAUCAAAGGUAAGCACAGCUUUCUAAUUUCAUAAAACGAAAGUAAUUUAUACAACCACCUUAAUUUGUUUCGCAGGUUGCCCUAAGUCCUGGAUUCAAGUGUUAGGCUCUUGCUUUAAAGCCUCGUCUAUCACCCUAAAUUGGCUGUCAGCAGAGUUUGCGUGUAAAGCAGUUGGUUCAUAUCUUACUAAUGUGAAUUCACCAAGUGAACAACAUGUUCUUCAUGGUUUAUCGGAGGGAAAAGGCACGUGGAUUGGUAUGCACGGGAAACCCAAGGACAACUCAAGCUGGGUUUGGGUCAAUAAUUCGCAAGUUAGUUAUAAUAAUGACUUGCGUAAUCGACUGGACAACUUGACAGGUCAAGGAGAUUGUAUAGCUAUAGAUUCAAAAGGAAAAUUGAAGAAAAGGAACUGUAAUCAUCAACUUAAUUUCGUUUGCACAGUACAAACA